CUCAUUAUAUACAACCACCGGUUCGAAGUUCAAUCUCUCAUCUAGCUAAUAAACUUGUUCCUAUCAUUCGAAGAUGUCUACCAACCAGACAGUUGAAUCAGCUAAGAAUACAGUUAACACAGCCGGGGAACAUGUUGCCGAUACAGCUCACGCAACUAGAGACUAUGUAGCCGAUGCAGCCAACACUACAACCAACACCGCCCAACAGAAAAAGGAAGAGACCUCUGCUGUCCUUGCGGAUACAACUCAAACAGCUAAGGAGAAUGUUGCCAAUGCAGCUGAUUCUGUGUCCAAAGCUGCCAAGCCGGAAGAAGAAAAGACCCCUGGAUUCCUUGAAAAGACCGGAACAGCAGUGGUCAACACGGCACAAGGUGCAGUGGAGGCUGUGAAGAACACAAUCGGAAUGAAUGACAAGAAGAAAAGACCCCUGGAUUCCUUGAAAAGACCGGAACAGCAGUGGUGAACACAGCACAAGGUACUGUGGAGGCUGUGAAGAACACAAU